CCCACCACCCAGAGCCCAUUGAACUCUGGAAAGUGCUCCAGCCUGGGAGGUAGCUUGUCUCAGGAGGAAGGACAGCAGAGUCUGGGGACCAGCUGUAUUGGAGCUAAAGCUCUUCUCAUCAGAGGGAGGACAACACAGAGAGAAGAGAGAUGGAGGUGUGCUCUCUGAUUCCCUGCAAAGGCUGCACCCCUUGGCAGGGGCUCCUGCUCACAGCCUUCCUUUUAACCUGUUGGCACCUGCCCACCACUGCCCAAGUCACCAUCGAAUUAGUGCCGCCCCAAGUGGUUGAAGGAGAAAACGUUCUUCUACAUGUUCAUAAUCUACCAGAGAAUCUUCUAGCCUUUGUCUGGCACAAAGGGGUGAGGAAUAUGAGCCUUGGAAUCGCACUAUAUUCAGUGGCCAAGGGUUUAAGUGUGACAGGGCCCAUACACAGUGGUAGAGAGACAGUGUACAGCAAUGGAUCCCUUCAGAUCCACAAUGUCACCCAGAAGGACACAGGAUUCUACACCUUUCGAACCAUAAAUGGACAAGUAGGAGUCUCAUCAAUAACAACCACGUACCUUCACGUGUACACCUCCAUUUUGACCUGUGGCCGCCCCACCUCUUCCCAGCUCACUAUUGAAUCAGUUCCACCCAGCGUUGCUGAAGGGGAAAGUGUUCUUCUAGUGGUUCACAAUCUCCCAGAGAAUCUUCGAGCCCUUUUCUGGUACAAAGGAGUGACUGUGUUCAAGAACCACGAGGUUGCUCGGCACAUAAUAGGCAAGAAUUCAAGUGUGUUUGGCCCUGCACACAGUGGUAGAGAGACGGUGUACAGCAAUGGAUCUCUGCUGUUCCAGAAUUUCACCAGGAAUGACACCGGAUUCUACACCCUACGGACUCUAACCACAGAUCUGAAAGCUGGAGUAGCCCAUGUGCAACUAUGGUUGGACAACUCCCAUUGUAGGCAUCAUCUUACCUCUUCCCAGCUCACUAUUGAAUCAGUUCCACCCAGCGUUGCUGAAGGGGGAAGUGUUCUUCUAGUGGCUCACAAUCUCCCAGAGAAUCUUCGAGCCAUUUUCUGGUACAAAGGAGUGACUGUGUUCAAGAACCAUGAGGUUGCCCAACACAUAAUAGGCAAGAAUUCAAGUGUGCUGGGUCCUGCACACAGUGGUAGAGAGAUGGUGUACAGCAAUGGAUCCCUACUGCUCCAGAAUUUCACCAGAAAUGACACUGGAAUCUACACCCUACGGACUCUGACCACAGAUCUGAAACCUGGAGUAGCCCAUGUGCAACUACGGUUGGACACAUCCCUUUCUACGUGCUGCAACCUUUCCACUUCUGUCCAACUCAUGAUAGAGCCAGUGCCACAGAAUCCUGUUAAAGGGGAAAGCAUUCUUCUCCUUGUUCAUAAUCUGCCAAAAGAUCUGCGAACCUUUUCCUGGUACAAAUCACUUUACAGCACCCAGAGUUUUAAAAUUGCAGAAUACAGAGGAGCCAUGAAUUCCAUCACCUGGGGGCCUGCCUACAGCAGAAGAGAAAUAGUGUACAUCAAUGGAUCCCUUCUACUACAGGAUGUCACGGAGAAAGAUGCAGGAUUCUACACACUACAAACUUUAAACAGAGAUUUCAAAACUGAAAACACACAUAUACAAUUCCAUGUGUACAACUGCAGGCUUCCUCCCACCACUGCCCAGCUCACUAUCCAGUCAAUGCCACCAAACGCUAUUGAAGGGAAAAACAUUCUCCUAGUUGCUCAUAAUAUCCCAGAGAAUCUCCGAUCAUUUGUCUGGUACAGAGGGGCAACCACUGUCAACAGACACGGAAUUGCACAGAAUGUUAUAGCCACUAACAGAAGCUUGCCGGGGCCUGCACACAGUGGUAGAGAGGUUGCUUACCCCAAUGGUUCUCUGCUGCUCCACAAUGUCACCCAGAAGGACACUGGAUUCUACACCCUAAGAACCUUAAGUACACAGUUGGAAACUCAAGAAACACAAGUGUAUCUCCACAUAUACAAGCCUGUAACACAGCCUUUUAUCCGAGUCACCAAUACCAAAGCUAUAGUACAAAGCUCUGUAGUUCUCACCUGCCUCUCAGCUGACACUGGUAUCUCCACCCGAUGGAUCUUCAAUAACCGGAGUCUGCAGCUCACAAAGAGGAUGACGCUGUCCACGACAAAGUGCCAACUCAGAAUAGAUUCUGUCAGGAGGCAGGAUGCUGGAGAGUAUCAGUGUGAGGUCUCCAAUCCAGUCAGUUCGAAGACCAGUCUCCCUGUCAGGCUGGUCGUGAUGAAUGAGUGACCUCUCUCCUUUUAUCUUACAGCAGAGUGGAUGCAUUUUUAUCAAUGGUGUACAAUAAGGAGCAAAGUUACGUGGUGAAAAUGAUCAGUUACUACUCAGGUAAAGCCAGCAUGUUGACUUAUGAUUGUAAUUCUGGGAUAAAGGUGUAUCCAAGGACAGGCCAAGACAUCAAGAGAGACUUGUUUUCUAAAAGUUAAAUGAAGACAUUAAUAUAGUAAUCAGAUUUGCAAAGGAAUUAAGAGCUUAGGUUUUGUAUCAAAUACAGAUAAUUUUCAUAAUCUGUGAAAAUCAAUUUCAUGAGCUCUAAUACUUCUGGAUGUUCCAAGACUCUUGUUAACAUUGUGUAGUAUUUGUAUGGAGAUACAUGCAUCCUCUUACAUGUUCAAAUGUGUUCCAUGUAUAACUGAUUCACAUCAUACCAGUGCUGCCUCAGCACCAGUUGUCCAUGCGAAGUGAGGGACAGUGACAGGAGAAGUGACUGCUCUCCUUCCCUGUGUACAUAACUGUUUACUAAAUAGUUUUGACCUACAGUUUGUUUGUUGCACAGAAGUGAAAAACUAUGGCAAAAGACUGAACUGGACUGUUCUAUCCCUGUCAUUUACA